UUUGCUUUAGUUUUAAUGGGUCACUCAUAGUGAACUACAAACAAAAAACUUCCUUAAUCAGAUUAACAAGUGUAGAAAAGAAAAUAAGUUCUCAUUAUGUCGCUGGUACAUUUUUUAGUAUUAACUAUUGUUAUGAAUUUUUUUCUAUUCCCUAUUGAAUGUAAAAAAGUACGAAUUGUUCCUACGAACAAAGGACUCGUUCGUGGUGAAAUAUUGAAAACAGUCGGAUGGAAAAUGGAGUAUGCUUCUUUUAAAGGAAUACCAUAUGCAAAGCCACCGCUGGGACGCCGUAGAUUCAAACCUCCAGAAGAAAUGGAUCCUUGGAAUGGAAUCCUUGAUACCCUAAAAGACCCAAAUUGUUGUACACAAUGGGAACACGAUGCUAGCAUGAAAAUAGUUGGUAGUGAAGAUUGUCUUUAUUUAAAUGUCCACACUCCAAGGGUCUAUUCAAGGGAUCUAGAUUUACGUCCAGUUAUGGUUUGGAUACAUUAUGGAGCUUUUACGUUCGGAUCAAUUCAUAGUAAUAUUACUGGUCCUGAUUUCUUACUUGAAAAAGAUGUCGUUGUAGUAGCAAUUAGUUACCGCUUGGGACCUUUCGGUUUUCUAUCACUAAACCACAAAGAUGCAAUGGGAAAUGCUGGGUUGAAAGAUCAAGUUUUAGCACUCAAAUGGGUCCAAGAAAACAUUAUUAAUUUUGGUGGUGAUCCAGAUAAAGUUACUAUUUUUGGAGAUAGUGCUGGCGGCGCAUCGGUUGAGCUCCAUAUACUUUCAAAAGCCUCUCGAGGUUUAUUUAGAGCGUCUAUAGCAAUGAGUGGAUCUCCACUUAAUUUUUGGGGAUUCACAACUCCUCAAGAAGCUGAAGAUCGAGCUUUUAGAUUAGGACAACUUCUUGGAUAUGAAACUCGAAAUAAAGACGAUCUACUUGAACAAUUGUAUCAAGCAGAUGCUUACGAAAUGGCCCACCAAACAAAUCUUCUCGCAGCUAACUUAUUAAUUAUGAUAGGAAAUUUGACGAUUCCGUUUCAACCGACGAUAGAGACCGUGAUAGACCCUGAAAAUAAUUUUUUAACUGAAUGUCCUUUGAAAAUAUACUAUUCAAGAAAGUUUAAUCAACAUCCUCAUAUUUUAGGGUUCACGAAGAACGAAUUUAUAUCUCUGUCCUAUUCUUCAGUGGUGGCAUAUCUUUUUAAGCUUUUGGGCAAGACCAUUACUGGUGGAUUAGUAAAUAUUUUGAGCGAGUUAUCCUUUAUUGCGGGUAUAGAUAGAACUCAAAGACUAUUAGCUACUUUUGGAUCAGCUCCGGUAUAUUAUUAUCGUAAUUCAUUUGAUUAUGAGCAAUCUUUACAUAAAAUUGAAGGAAGCAAUAGUUUGGAAGGAACUGGACAUGCUGAUGAUAAUGCUCACAUCUUUUGGUUUACUGGUAAAAAUCAACCUAUUGACUAUUCAAGUGAUAUUGGACAACAUCGCUUGAAAAUGGUUGCAAUGUGGACUAACUUUGCUAAGUAUUUAAAUCCUACGCCACUUGGAGAACAUGAUCCAUUCUUAGACGUAGUCUGGCAAGAGUCGGGGAUUCGUGGACAUAUUCUUGAUAUAAAUACCGUUUCUAUUAUGGAAAACAGGCCAACUUACCGUGCUCUUUCUCCGGCAAACGAUUGUCAUUAAUUUUUCUUAUAAACUUGAAUACUUUUUAUGUGUUACUCAAACAAGUUUUUACAUUUUCAGAUUACGCAUGUUUUAGAAUUUGAAUUUAAUUUUUAUUAUUAUAUUUUGUAUUUCACUUUGUAUGGCUAGAAAUUAAAUCCUGGAACUAUAUCACGAUACUAAUUCCAAAAAGACAUAUUUUUAUAUGCACUUUUGACUUCAGGGAAUUUCUUGAAGCCAAAAAGCUUUCAAUUUUUUUUUUUUCAAUUUUCAGCUUCAAAAUAAGUCUCCAAAACGAUUAGUAAUAAAAAAAAAAAAAAAAAAAAAUUACAAACCCUUUUGAUCUUAGAAAUACAUACUUACAAACACAUAAAAAUGUCUUUUUAGAAUUAGUAACGCGAUAUGGCUGGUACAAUUAUUUCACGAAAAUCUGAACUUUGUUCGACUUUACACGGAGAGAAAAUUAUGGUAACUGUUCCUAGUACGUUUAUGAAAUAUCGUCCUAUACCGUUAUGGUAAUGAUUACUUGGGAUUAUGGGAUAUAGACCCAUAUUUUCUGGGAAAAGUUUCCAUAAGUAUAGGAACAAUUCCUAUCAUUAUGGUAACAGUUUCCAUAUCGCAUGUGAAAGAAUCAUGGUAAUGAUUACCGUACUCAUAGGAAUAGUUCCCACAAGCAAAUAGUAACCGAUCCUAUAACCACAUUGUAAUGGUUCCUAAGUGUAUAUGGGAAUAAGCCCUAUAUAUUAUGGUAACUAUUCCUAUAAUAUUAUUGUAAGCAUAACCAUAAUAUUAUGGUAAUCGUUACCAUAAUGUAUGGGAAUUAUUACCAUAAUAUUAUGGUAACCAUUAUCAUAGCUACAUGGUAACGAUUACCAAGAUUCCAUAGGAAUUAUUCCGAUACCAUAUGGGAAUUAUACCUAUAAUUAUAGGAAUGAUUACCAUAAUAUAUAUGGAUGCCGUUCCUAUAAUCAACAUUUGAAAAAAACCGGUUACCAUGCAGUAUGGGAACCAUUCCCAUAAUAUUGUCACUGUUACCAUAAUUUUCUCUCCGUGUAAGAUUUAAAAAUUGAAAUAUAAUGCAUGUUAAAUGAU